AUGAGUGCUAAAAAUUAUAGACUAAUUCACAAUAAAACCUUACCCACAUUCUAAUACCAAAAUGAGCCUUUGCAAGUGAAUGACCAAUAUCAAGUCUAUAUGUCUACGCAGCCUAAUGCUGUUGAGUAACUAAUCUUAAAAGAUUAAGCAAAACCGAAAACUUCGAUUUUAGAUAAAUUUAUGGAUACAGACAAAAGCAGAAGCAGAACAGCCUAUAACCCAGGAUUUCUCUAAUAAAACUCCUUAAAAAAUGAAAAGCCCAAUCAAUCUGUUUAAUUUGCUGAGAAUCUUCAGACCCCUUAAUAUAAUUAUUAGAAUUAGAAUUAAAACAAUAUAAACCAACUUAGCAAGAAAACUGUUACAUUAAAAAACCUCCAAUAAACAUUGUUAUUUGAUGAAAGGACUAAUUCCGUACCCAAGGCAGCUAUCUAAAAUCAUAUUAUUGACGACAUAGUAAAGAAUGGAGAUAUAAUCCUCAAGCAAAAGGGAUUGUUGAAUCAGGUUUAAAACUUAAAAAGGUUAAAGUUGCUUAAAUAAUAUGAAUUUAAUCAUUAUUGCUUGCCAGGAAUUGGAAAAUCACCUUAUGUGUUUAAUGAUGCUCAUUCAAAAAGCACAAAUCCUGGUUAUUCAAGAAACAAAGAAGGAGGAAAGUUUUUUACAAGAUGA